AUGGGAUUCAGCAGCUGGAUCCACGAUACCAACCUGCGGGUUGCGCAGAGCCUCGUGGGGAGAUGGUUUCGACUGGAAAACGCAGGACAUCCUAAGGAAAGAAAGGGUAGCUUCUUCUUCACGGAAAUGCGCGCGGGACUCGCGACUUUCUUCGCGAUGGCAUAUAUCAUCUCCGUCAACGCAAAUAUCACAUCGGAGACAGGUGGCACGUGUGUCUGUCCUGAGGAGAGCAUGUCUGAUUUUUGCGCCACAAACGCCCAAUACCUUAUCUGCGUGCAAGAAGUGAAACGCGACAUGGUCACUGCAACUGCUGCAAUUGCCGCUCUUUCAACAUUCUGCAUGGGUCUUUUCGCCAACUUACCAAUCGCGCUCGCUCCGGGAAUGGGCUUGAAUGCCUACUUCGCCUACACUGUUGUCGGUACCCACGGUUCGGGAUUGAUUCCAUAUCGCGUGGCUUUGACCGCCGUUUUUGUCGAGGGCUGGGUCUUCCUCGGCUUAACGUUGAUUGGUAUGCGACAAUGGCUGGCUCGCGCACUUCCUGCUUCUAUCAAGCUUGCCACAGGUGUUGGAAUUGGUUUAUACCUUGCCCUUAUUGGCCUGACCUACAGCGCUGGAAUUGGCUUAGUGCAAGGUGCAUCUGACACCCCCAUUCAGCUGGCAGGGUGUGCGGCGCAGUAUUUUGAUGACGAAACCGGUCUCUGUAUUAGUAGCGAAAAGAUGCGCAGUGCAACCAUGUGGGUUGGUAUCUUCUGCGGUGGUUUUCUUACAGCCCUGUUGAUGAUGUACCGGGUCAAGGGUGCUAUUAUCAUUGGUAUUCUGCUUGUCUCGAUCAUUUCAUGGCCUCGAACAACUCCUGUGACUUACUUCCCAUACACGGAGCUGGGAACGAGUAUGUUCGAUUUCUUCAAGAAAGUUGUAACUUUCCACCCAAUCACACAUACUCUGGUUGCGCAGGAGUGGGAUAUUUCCGGCCACGGAUCACAAUUUGGCCUCGCUUUCAUUACAUUCUUAUAUGUCGACAUUUUGGACACCACUGGAACCAUGUACUCCAUGGCUCGGUUUGCAGGUGCCAUCGACGAGCGAACCCAAGACUUCGAAGGAAGUGCAGUCGCCUACAUGGUCGACGCAAUCUCCAUCUCCAUCGGUGCUCUUUUGGGCAGCCCACCAGUGACAGCAUUUGUCGAAUCCGGCGCUGGCAUCUCAGAAGGCGGCAAAACAGGCCUCACGUCCUGCAUGACCGGAUUCGCAUUCUUCAUCUCUGUUUUCUUCGCCCCAAUUUUCGCCUCUAUUCCUGCAUGGGCAACGGGCUGCACCCUCGUAAUUGUCGGUGCGCUUAUGGCGAAAUCAGCCGCCGACAUCAACUGGAAGUACUACGGCGAUGCGAUCCCAGCCUUUUUGACAAUCGCCAUCAUGCCGUUCACAUACAGCAUCGCGUACGGACUGAUUGCUGGGAUUUUGAGCUAUAUCCUGCUUAACACCAUUGCGUGGAUCUUGGAGAAGGUUAGCGGCGGUCGGAUUGUUCCUCCCAACAAAGAUGAGUCGGAUCCUUGGUCUUGGAAACUUCCAGGUGGCGUCUUGCCCCCGUGGGUUAAGCGGGCUGCGCGGGGUCAGAAAGACUUUUGGCGACGCGACGAAGAAAGUCUUGAGCUCGAGGAAUCUGGAUCGUUUAACUCGUCCCAGCAGGAGCGUGUUGCUCCUGAAAAGGAACAAGGAUCUGGAAAUCCCCCGAGAUAG